GAAGCAAAUCUGUGGGGCUGCAGAGAGAAUUCAUUUUUUCGCCAUCGUCAUCGUCGCUAUUAUUAUUAUUUUUUAAUCUUCCUCCUUUUCCCAUUUUGGAUCUUAACCCUUUGAUCUGUUUCCUUUAAAAGACUCUGAUUCCCAACUCCCAUCAGGGGAGAGGGAGGAGAAAUACAGGGGAGGAAAAAAAAACCAACAAAAAAAACCCGAGCGAGUCCGUGCUCUCAGCUGUUAGCCAGGUUGGUGGGGGACAAAAGUCCCUUUAAAAUAUUGAAUGUCAGUUGCAAACCUAAGAAAAGAAAAAUCCGAUCCGGAGCGCUAAAUUUAGGAGCUUUAUAUGGAACUUGGACUCUGCUGCUGGAUUUUGUAUGGAUUUUUUUCAACCUUUGGGAGGACAGACCCCGGCGUCCGCCCCUAGACCGCACUGAGCGACCGAAGCGGGUGGGGGGAAACGUCGCCAGAGACUGCCGGCAGAGAUGGCCGAGAAUUGGAAGAACUGCUUCGAAGAGGAGCUCAUCUGCCCCAUUUGCCUGCACGUCUUCGUGGAGCCGGUCCAGCUGCCCUGCAAGCACAACUUCUGCCGGGGCUGCAUCGGGGAGGCGUGGGCCAAGGAGUCGGGCUUGGUGCGGUGCCCGGAGUGCAACCAGGCCUACAACCAGAAGCCCAACCUGGAGAAGAACCUGAAGCUCACCAACAUCGUGGAGAAGUUCAACUCCCUCAACCUGGAGAAGCCCCCCUCCGUCUUGCACUGCGUCUUUUGCCGUCGGGGCCCGCCGCUGCCGGCCCAGAAGAUCUGUUUGAGGUGCGAGGCCCCGUGUUGCCAGUCCCACGUCCAGACCCACCUGCAGCAACCCUCCACGGCCCGGGGCCAUCUCCUGGUGGAGGCGGACGACGUGCGGGCCUGGAGCUGCCCCCAGCACAACGCCUACCGCCUGUACCACUGCGAGGCCGAGCAGGUGGCCGUCUGCCAGUUCUGCUGCUACUACAGCGGGGCCCACCAGGGACACUCGGUCUGCGACGUGGAGAUCCGCCGCAAUGAGAUCAGGAAGAUGCUGAUGAAGCAGCAGGACCGCCUGGAGGAGCGGGAGCAAGACAUCGAAGAGCAGCUCUACAAGCUGGAAUCAGACAAGCGGCUGGUUGAGGAGAAAGUGAGCCAGCUGAAGGAUGAGGUGCGCCUGCAGUAUGAGAAGAUGCACCAGAUCUUGGAUGAGGACUUGCGGAAGACCAUGGAGAUCCUGGACAAGGCCCAGGCCAAGUUCUGCAAUGAGAAUGCAGCUCAGGUUCUCCACCUCAAUGAGCGCAUGCAGGAGGCCAAGAAGCUCCUCAGCUCUGUCCAGGUCAUGUUUGACAAAACCGAGGACAUCAACUUUAUGAAGAACACCAAGUCUGUGAAAAUCUUAAUGGACAGAACCCAGAACUGUACAGGUGGCAGCCUGCCCCCACCCAAAAUCGGCCACCUCAACUCCAAGCUCUUCCUGAACGAGAUCGCCAAGAAGGAGAAGCAGCUCAGGAAGUUGCUGGAAGGUCCUCUGAGCACCCCCGUCCCCUUUCUGCAGAGCAUCCCCAUGUACCCCUGCACCGUCAGCAACUCCGGCGCGGAGAAGCGCAAGCACUCCACCGCCUUCCCCGAGGGCAGCUUCCUCGAGCCAUCGUCUGGGACUGUGGCGAGCCAGUACAUGAGCCAGGGCGCUUCGGCUGGCGAGGGGCAGUCCGCACAAGCCAUGGUGCCUUGUAGCUCCACGCAGCACAUAGUUGGACUUCCCAGCGGCCCGCAGCCGGUGCACUCGGGCUCCGUCUUCAACCCAUCUCACUACCCCAACACCACGUCAUCUCAGCAGUCCGUGCUCUCCCAGUACGGCGGGCGCAAAAUCCUCGUCUGCUCCGUGGAUAACUGUUACUGUUCCUCCGUGUCCAACCACAGCGGGCACCAGCCCUACCCACGGUCAGGGCACUUCCCCUGGACGGUCUCCUCGCAGGAGUACUCCCACCCGCUGCCGCCCGCCCCCGCCGUCCCCCAGUCGCUCCCGGGACUUGCCGUGAGGGAAUGGAUUGACGCAUCCCAGCAGCACGGGCGGCAGGAUUUCUAUAGGGUCUACGGCCAACCAUCGGCGAAACACUACGUCACCAGUUAACCGUCACACUCUCCGGAGAGUCCCACUUGAUGACGCGUUCGGAGAGAAAAGUCUGGUUUGGUUUGGCUUUUCUUUUUUUUUUUUUUUCCUUUUAAAUCAAACCCAAUUUUUUCCCUGCCUCGUGCCCCUCCAGGAUUUUGGGGAGGGUUGUUCUCUCAUCUCUCUCUCUCUUUUUUUUUUAAAUCCUUUUAAAAUGAAAUAAUAAUUUUUUUUCCUUUUAAUUCCUUUUUUUAAUUUAAUUUUGGAAAGUCCUUCCUGCCCCUCGCUGGGAAAAGACGAGGGAGAAAUUACCGAGAAGAAAUUGAUGGGGAUUUCAGUCAGGCGUCUGGGUCUGUGCGUUGCGCUCUUCUUCGCUCCUCUCUGCCUUUGGAAAACUUCAGAAGGGACAAUGGCACCUUCUCUCUUUCCAUUUCUCCAAGUUCAUUUUUCCUGGUUUGGUUCAGUUUUUCCCCUUUCCCCACCCCUCUCUUUUCCUUUUUAAAAAGAAAAAAAGAAAAAAAUCUAUCAUUGAUUCAGUAUGAAAUGAUACUUGUAGAUUUUGGGUUUGUUACUUUUUUUUUAAAGGCUGAUUUUUUUUUUUGUGUUACGAGGCCACUUCUCAUGCAUAUUGGCAUUUUUUUUUCCUUCUUUCAGAGAUUUGUAAAUACACAAUGGCAGGAAAUUUAAUGCACAAAAAAAGGGAAAAGAAACUUUAAAAAAAAAAACACGAAUAAAUAAAUAAAAAAAAAAUCUGUUCUAGUUUUCAGGAGGGGAAGCGUGGCCGAAAUGCACCCCCCUCCUGCGUAUCGCUGAUGCAACUUCCUGUAACAAGCACUUUGUAUAAAAAAAAAAGUGGACUUCCUGCUAUAAGGCACAGGUAUUUAUUCUGUAACCGAUUUUAGA